AUGGCUCAAACGCUAGUCCUGCGGCACGCCAUCUCAGCUGCCCUCGCAUCCUCGCCCUCCACCACGCAAAGACAACGCCCCGCCGCUAACCGUGCUCGUACGGGUCUGAGCGCGUCGAUUGGCGACUUCAGCGCGGCGCCCAUCCCCGAGUCUCAGGUGGUGCCACGGCUGUGCCACCUGGAGGACUUUCACGAGUCGUCGACGGGCGAGGCGGCCGUGCGGCCCGUGGCGCUGGCGGUGCGCGUGGUAGAGGACGGGCACGGCAAGCAGCUGGCGGACCUGCUCAUGGCCACCGUCGAAGCGUCCGCGCAGGUCGAGGACCUCGAGACCGUCGCCGGCCGGGCCGCCAUGGUGGCGCUGGCGGUGGCGCUGCUGGUGGAGUUCGCAACGGGCAACGGCAUCUUCAGCGCCGUCGACCGCAGCGCGCUGCUCCCCGCGCUCUCGCUGGGCGUCGGCGCAGCCGCGGUGUCGGCGGGGUACGCCGUGGCGUGGCGGUCGAAGCGACACGUGUCGGACAUCCUGGCGCGCGGGUGCUUGCACUGGCUGGACGCCGCCGUGGACCACCUCAUCGACGGCGUCUUCGACGCGCGCCCCACCGCGCACCAAGCGCCGCCGCGACGGGACUAG